AUGACAGACUCUGUUCCUGAGCACCCUGACCUGCCGCAUCCUCCUGAGGAUAUGGCCAACGUGAAAGGAAUCCCGGCCGACGCCGUUCCUAAUGAUCUACCGGCCACGAACGGGACGGCACUCGAAACCGGUUCCGCGGGUGUGCCCUACCCAAUCAUUGGCGGUGACGGCCCUGAUGAAGGCUUUUACAUCAAAUACCCGGCUGGUGCUCCUGCAAAGUUCUCAACCGAUCAUGGGGUCAGAGCUUUUCGUACAGUGGAUGUGGAAAAAUUCGCGGUCGAACACACAAAUCCUCGUUGGCUCCCGGGCAAGGUCCAAGAGUAUUGCAACUCCAUUCGCAAGAAGCAUGGGGAGUGCUGCAUGAAGGACCUGAAAAGGCUAAACAACUGGACCGAUCUGUAUGAGUACUACGACGCUCACGAUAUAUAUCAUAUAGGUCACCACAAUCUGUUGGAUGUCCUUCGUCACUUGGUUACCGAAAACGAGGAAUUAGACAAACAAUAUCCAGCGAAAUUUGCAGGAAUUAUCGACUCAUGGAUUUAUAUGUGGCUUAGCCGCAACAACAAUAAGAUGAGGCUCAAGAGCUGGACUACAGCAGACGGCGACAUUACGUGCCUAUUCUCCAAAGUCGAUUUUGACGACCUGUAUGGUAUCAAGGACGACCACAUGAUUGCGCUUGUGCUUGCUCUUAUGAAGAAACGGGAAGAGCUGGUGUUGGAAAGCCGUGACGAAGGGCGAAUCGUGAAUGGUGCUGGGUUUGCUUCGGCAAACAUAUAUUUUGAGAACCCACAACUGUCUGGACAGCCUUUCUAUCCUCAGGCGAGAUGUCCAAGUGCAAGUGCUGUUAAAGAUUUGCGGCGGACAACUGCUGCGGCGACGCCGAAUUGUCCACGUGCCAUUGCGAAUAGUACUUCGCAGUCUCGACGGAUCAGUCCAGUCAAGCAGCAAGCCACAACUUCGACGACGACGAAUGCGGUACCGCCCAAUCACCACAACCAGCCUCAUCGUUCUGUGAAUACUGAGAACGACGUCGGACCAGCUGUGGUGGCACAGACCCAAGCUUCUCCUUCUCCUGGUGCUCGAAAGGAUCGACCUGUUCAACAUGUCACGACAAACGGGAAAAGUCCCCUCACACAAGCUCAGCCAUCUAGCUUGAAAAGCCUUGGACGAAAUCAUGCGAAACAGUCUGGUACUAUCGCUCCCAAGGCGGCGAAACCUGUGCCGACUCAGCCUCGGGGGUUCAUGAUGGUCGGUGUACAGCCUGCUUCCAAGGGAGGCAACACCGUGCCGUCUCGGGCGCACCCGCAGAAUGGCAAUGGGAAGCCGGUUGGCAGACAGAUCCCCGAGAAGAUGGGCCAGACAAGUCCUCCAAUGUCUCACAGCGGACCUCCAACACAAUCUCCGCAGACCAGGAGGAACCAGGGAGGUCUCGCAAGAAAUGCUUGUGUCGAGCUGCCUCCCAAGCCGCGGUCCGACGGGCGCCGCGCAGUGUCGUUUGGCGAUGCGUCUUUCGUUGACAGCACGACCUAUGGCAAUGGAAGUUCCAUGCUGGGUAAUGGUAGCUACAGGUGUGACUCUGUACACGCUGCCAUGUUUGACGGAGCUUUCCAAACACAACUUUCGCAUCAAUUGCCCGCAGCCGCACCGGGCUGUAACCCGUCUCCGGCUGGGACAACAUCUACCCAUCGGGGUGGCAGCUACACUCGAGGAGGCUACAGGCACAAAGGGCGACGAGGGCCCCAGAACUAUGAGCCUCACGCUGAAUAUCCUGUCCAAGCUGGCAGGGGGUCGUUCUAUUCCCAAACUUCCCAUCAGGUUGACACUGCACAAGGAUCGUACCGCAGCAAUACGCGUCAUUACUACAACCGCAAUCCUGAUCACGAAAAUGAACGCCGUGAACAGGUUUCUAGAAGAAGUGUUUGGGCACAAAUUAAAGAGCGGCCUCCCGGGCAUUCCCAGGAUAUCAAGAGCCGUUUAAAGAGUGCAAUGGAUCGCCAAUUUGGGAUAGUUGAAGACGCCUUCCCUACUUUUCAGAAAAAUGGUGAAGCCUUCAUAGUUCGAUUUAAAGACGAAGCUUCUGCGCUAAAAAGCUUGCAAUCCGGAUCUUUAAAAAACGGAGUGCAGGGUCUCGAGGUCGAGAUCCGGCCGGUGCAUAGCAGGAAACAGAUGAAAGAUCAGUACGUCAAUAGGGGAGGGCCUGGCAACCAGCAGUGUCAGCCAUACCAUAACGAGACUCAUUUUCCUAUGGGUUACGGGAUGCCUUCUCCGACUUGUGGCCCGCAUGUUUAUUACGCCCGUGGUCUACACAACCUACCGCAAGCUAAUCAAAUGACAAUGACGCAUGUGCCGCAUAGCCUGCAUCGGAAUUUUCCUGGGAUUGGGCCCUACAAGCAAGGAAUUCAAGCCCAUGUUUUCGGGUCAUCUUUCCCUCAACCAAUGAUGCCACAGCAAGCGCCUCCCCAGAGCUCCCAGGAGUACCAAAUCCCCAAGCAGGAGGCUAGCAAAGCCAUCCCAAGACAGGAAGAGGAGAAGAGGACGAAGUCAGCAGCCGAUCGAGAGACAGCAAAGUCAUCGGAUUGGAAGGCUCAGUCAAAACCGCUUUCCGAGGAGGCCUUGGAGAAUGACGAUCCUUUUGAGAAGGAUGGGGCUACAACUCCCACCAGCCAAGGAAGCAAAUCUUCCCAGAUUUCAAACCGGAAAGUGAGGGUGUCACUUCCAUCAGUCUCACCACCCAGGCUUGCCCAGUCCAAGGCACCUAAAAGUGAGAAGCCGAUAAAAGAGCCAGGCAAAUCACCAGUGGGUCAAGAGCCGCCUCCGAAAUUAACAAAUAGCCCAGGUAAUGUCAUUACACAGGCCCAGCCUUCUCAUACUCGACAAGUGCCUGAUGAUACAUUAUAUGGAGUGCCUCUUGCGAGUGGGAAGGGAUCCGAAACCUUGGCUACUACCACAACAUCAGUGACUGGCACACGCAGCAACUUCACUGAAGAAAAGAUUAGACAGCGGCAAGCGUAUUCGAAUAUGAUUGCGAUGCCCUUGAGUCCGCGCAAUAUCAAGAAGGCGGCAUCCACGGAGAGCAAUCCUGGCAACGCCAUUAGGGACAAAGCUGCAUCUUCUGAGCCUCUGCCUUCUGAUACCACCUGCCAUGUACCUAGGCCGGCUCAACACAUACCCGAUGCCGAAAGUUUCAGCGUCAAGUCUGACGAGUCCAAAACUAUGUCGGCCUCUAGCUCACCAAGCAACCGUUCACCAUCUAGUAACCCUAAUAAGACGCCUGACAAUAGGAAUACCGCUAGUCCGCACUCCAGGCAUCACAGUAAGGUCUCCAAGACGCCUACGAGUCCGAUCAAUAAAAACGCAGAAGCCAACAAAAACCAGAAACCGACCUCUCAAGAAGAGGACGUGGUCGAAAGAGGCUCUUGUCUAUCAAGUCGUGCAGACCAGGACUCGUCCAAGUUUCCUGGCAAUGGACGAGAAACGAUACGAGUGAGGAAAGUAGAAAAGGGAGAAACAGCGUCUAACGAAGGCUCCGUCCAGGAGAGAGGCACGGCUUCAAGGAAGAGAGGUUGGAAGACUCGACCAGCGUCGCGAAGCAUUGGUUUCAUCGAUCAGAACCAGCAGCAAGAGAGCCAGCCCCGGGUCGAGGUGACUUCAGCAACUGACUCGGCGACCAGGAACGAAGCAAGCGCUUCUACUACCAGAACUCCCCGGAUUACCUCACCGGCAAGUGUGGGGGGAAGUAACAAUGUUAAUCUGCGGAAUGCUUCUAGUGACAGAGAUAACGGGGGAGGGAGUGGCUGGCAGAAGGUCCGCAGUAGAAGGAGGGCUUCUAAGAGAACAAACACCCCCGGAUCAAGCGACCAUCAAGGUUAG